UGAAACAUUCAAUUGAUCCAAACUCCAAUUAUGGGCAUCAACAACAACAUAAACGAUUUAGAGUUACACGACUUGAUUGGCGACUCAAACUUCGACCAGUUCAUCGAUCUAAUUCGUGGCGAAAAUGAUGACCCUCUUGUGAGUUUCGGCUGUGACGACCUCAUCAACGGCUCUAAUAAUUUCGUCCACAACAAUAUUGAUCGUCACUUCCUCGGUGGUACUGAUCAUCCUUUAAACGAUGAUAACAAUCAUGUCUUUGGAUUCAACGCCUCUCCGUUGGUGUCGUCGGAACCCAAUUCAUUGUCGUUUAUUGAUAUAUUAGAAAUAAUGCCGGAAUAUUUUGAGGGGAAGAUCAUGAACAAUGUGGAUAUGGUUGGUAAUGGUGAUGAUGAUGACGACGAUGAAGAAAAUGAUGGCAACGAUUCCUCUGGAACCACAACCACAACAACGCCAACGCCAAAGCCUAACCCAAACCCAAAUGCGUCGUCGAAAAGGCCAAAAGUUGACCGGUCCAGAACUUUGAUCUCCGAGCGGAGGAGACGAAGUAGGAUGAAGGAAAAGCUCUACGCUCUCCGCUCCUUGGUUCCUAACAUUACUAAGAUGGAUAAGGCAUCCAUAGUUGGAGAUGCGGUACUUUAUGUACAGGAUCUACAAACGAAAUCCAAGAAGCUAAAAGCUGAGAUUGCAAGUCUUGAAGCUUCUUUAGCGGAAGUAGAAAGAGAUCAAGGAUCAACAAUAAUAGAGAACUCAAAGAAGAUUAAAGAUGACAAAGCCAACGAUUCCCAUCCCAUUCCCAAGAUGAAGAUAAUAACUCAGAUGGAUAUGUUUCAAGUUGAAGAGAGAGGAUUCUAUGUAAAAGUAGUGUGCAAUAAGGGAGAAAGGGCAGGCAUAUCACUUUACAAAGCUCUUGAAUCGCUUACCAACUUUAAUAUUCAGAGCUCCAACUUGGCCACUGUUUCAGAUACUUUUGUGCUCACUUUUACUUUGAACGUACUUAAAGAGUGUAGUGAUCAGCGGGAACCCAUCAAUUUGCCAAAUUUGAAGCUUUGGGUUACAGGAGCUUUUAUUAACCAAGGAUUUGAACUCAAGACAGCCUUCUAGCUAGAUCUGCUUUAAAUAUGUACCUAUAUAUAAUAUUUUUAUAUAUAUUUACUCUCAUCGUCUCUCUAUUAGUUAUCUAAUAAUAUCUGUGUCAUUUUCUUCAAAAAAAAAAAAAAAAACUUUUACGUUCUAGUACUAUAUAUUAUAAAUAAAAGCAGAGAUCAAUUACUACUUUUAAGCUGAUUUUUUUAAUGUUUAAGUUUAAACCUAACAAAUUUCAUGGACCAAAAUUCCUCUGCACU